GACAGAGAGCAGGGUGCACGUGAGGUCCAGUGACAUAAUGACCUUACCACGGAGAGCACGCCGAGCGACCGUCUCAGCUAUCAUCGGCAGCGGAGGAUACGAUAUAUGAAGACUCUCUAUCUCGUUCUUGCGCUCAGUGGGGUGGCUGCGUCCAUACAAUACAUGUAUUGUGUCGUAAGAGCUUCAACCUCUUUGGUCCAUUCACAAAUCACCCAUUGGACUCUGGUUGUGGCUGGAAUCCCUACCGAGCACUCAGAACCCAGUUAGCCAUUUUUUCUUUCUCAGUUUCUCUAUCCCAAAAUGGUUUUGUCUCUGUCUUCUCUACUACUUCUUCUUGUUAUUUUUAGCCAUGUUUAUCUCUCUUACUCUUCCACUUCGGAUCUCUUCGAUCGUUGGUGUGAAGAACAUGGCAGGACUUACUCCUCAGAAGAAGAGAGGCUCUUCAGGCUUAAAGUUUUUGAAGAUAAUCUUGCUUUCGUUACCGAACACAAUAGCAUGGCUAAUUCAACCUAUUCCCUUGCUCUCAACGCCUUCGCUGAUCUCACCCAUCAUGAAUUCAAGAUCUCUAGGUUAGGCCUCGCUGCCGCGGCAACUGAUAUGGUUCGGUCUUCCCCUAGAGCUCCAUCAUUGAUUGAAAGCCCCAGUAUCGCAGGUCAACUUCCGUCAUCAAUUGAUUGGAGGGAGAAGGGGGCAGUCACGAACGUGAAGGAUCAGGGCAGUUGUGGUGCUUGUUGGUCUUUCUCAGCCACAGGCGCAAUAGAAGGCAUAAAUAAGAUUGUCACUGGGUCUCCUUUGAGCCUCUCUGAACAAGAGCUAGUUGACUGUGACAGAUCUUACAAUAGUGGAUGUGGGGGUGGGCUUAUGGACUAUGCAUUUCAAUGGGUUAUAAAGAAUAAAGGGAUUGACACAGAGGACGAUUACCCAUAUCAAGGUGGGGAAAGGACCUGUAAUAAAGACAAGUUAAGAAAACAUGUUGUAACCAUUGAUGGUUAUACUGAUGUACCAUCCAACAGUGAAAAACAUCUGCUCCAGGCUGUUGCUUCUCAACCUGUGAGUGUGGGUAUAUGUGGUAGUGAGAGAGCAUUCCAAUUAUACUCAAAGGGGAUCUUUAGUGGCCCAUGUUCAACUUCUUUGGAUCAUGCUGUAUUGAUUGUUGGGUAUGGUUCGGAAAAUGGAGUUGACUAUUGGAUUGUGAAGAACUCAUGGGGAACCCGCUGGGGAAUGAAUGGCUAUAUGCACAUGCUGCGUAAUAGUGGCAGUCCACAAGGAGUAUGUGGUAUAAAUAUGCUAGCUUCAUACCCAACUAAGACGAGUCCAAAUCCUCCCCCAUCACCUUCCCCAGGCCCUACUAGAUGUGAUCUUCUGACUUACUGUCAAGAAGGGGAAACCUGCUGCUGUACCCGGCGUAUCUUGGGAAUAUGCUUUUCAUGGAAAUGUUGUGAGUUGGAUUCAGCUGUAUGCUGCAAGGAUCACCGAUACUGUUGCCCACAUGAUUAUCCAAUUUGUGAUACUGAAAGGAAGCAAUGCCUCAAGAGUACUGGGAAUUUUACAAGUGUAAAAAGUCUUGACAAGAGCAGUUCGCUUGUAAAGUUUGGAGGUUGGAAUCCACUUCUUGGGGAUUGGAAUUUGUAAUGUGCUAUUUAUGCAAGUAUGCUAUCUUGUAUCAUGUGUAUGUUAUCCACAAACAAUUUUGCAUCUGUCUUUAAAAUUUUUAUCCUCUAUACACUCUAUCCUCAGUAAUUACUGGAAUUUGUUGGCAGGGGCAGACAAUAUUAUCCCCUGAAUUCUAGAA